UAGCUUACAGCAACCAACUUUAAACUUAAUUGCUCACGGAGUAUAUGUUUGCAAGCGUGCGCCUUUCUGUUGAAAAGGGCAUCAGAAUGACAUGCCGUUAAAACAUCGCUGGCUAUGGGUGACUUUCCUCGAAACCGUGUAGUCGUUUGUGACAACGGAACUGGCCUUGUCAAAUGCGGCUUCGCCGGCGACAGCUUCCCUCGAGCAGUUUUUCCCUGCCUCGUGGGUAGACCGACGUUCCGGUAUAACGACCCCUUCUCACAGCAGCAGCAACUUAAGGAUAUUUAUGUGGGUACGGAGGCAUCCAGCAAUAAAGCCCAGCUGGAGCUGUUGUACCCAAUGCGCAAUGGCAUCGUACAAAGCUGGGACGAUAUGGGCCUCAUCUGGGACCAUGCCUUCAGCCCGGAGCAGCUCAACGUCGACCCCUCCGAGUGCCGAAUCCUUCUGACCGACCCCGCCAUGAACCCUACCGCCAACCGACAACGCAUGCUGGAGGUCAUGUUUGAGAAGUACGGCUUCUCGGGGGCCAACAUGCAGAUCCAGGCCGUACUAACGCUGUACGCGCAGGGCCUACUGACUGGCCUCGUAUUGGACUCGGGUGAUGGGGUGUCGCACGCCGUGGCCGUGGUCGACGGCUACGCUUUUCCCCACCAGACCAAACGCCUCAACGUCGCCGGGCGUCACGUCACCUCGCAUCUUCUAGAGUUGCUACAACGCCGCGGCUAUGCGCUAAGCCACACUUCGGACUUGGACACCGUGCGAGACAUCAAAGAGCGGUUGGCGUACGUGGCCUUUGACUACCAGAAAGAGCUCAAGCUGGCGCGCGAGACGACACAGCUGAUGCGUUCGUACACGCUGCCAGACGGCCGCGUUAUCCGGCUGGGACCGGAGAGGUUCAUGGCGCCUGAGGCGAUGUUCAACCCGCGGCUGCUGGACGUAGAGGCGCCAGGGAUCGCGGAGAUGGCAUUCAAUGCUAUCCAGGAUGCGCCUAUUGACAAUCGGCGAGCGCUGUACGAGCACAUUGUCGUCAGCGGCGGAUCCACCAUGUAUCCCGGCAUGUCGACACGCAUGGACAAGGAAAUUCGAACCCUAUACGUGGAACGGGUACUUAAGGGCGAUAGGACAAGGCUCCGCAAGUUGAAACUCCAUAUUGCGGAUCCGCCCAACCGAAAAUACAUGGUGUUUCUUGGAGGCGCGGUGCUGGCGGAUAUUAUGAAGGACCAUACGGACUUCUGGAUCACACGGGAACAGUACCAAGAGGACCCAGGCAAUGCUCUCAAGAAGUGCGGAGUUGCAUAG